AUGAUUGUUGUUCAACAAGACCAAAUCUGCCAAGCCUCUCGGGCUUUGGCCUUUUGUCGUCAAAAUGAUCAAUUUCGUGGUGGGAGAGAAGAGAUUGAUGCUCAACGUGCUCUUUUAAUUGCAACAGAACGCCGCCGUGCAUUACUUUUGGAACGAGAUCGGAUCAUGACUGGUAAACAACUCCAACAAACUAAUGCUUCAACAACUGAACCAAAAGGAACUUUAAUUAUCUCCUCUAUUUCAAUUAGACUUUCGAGGGAAUACGUAAAUAAUUGUGCUCAUGGCGGUGCUUCUUCUAUCAACCGCUAUUAUUUCAUUAUUUUACUCAAAUGUGGUGAACUUGUUUUACAUACUUCUCUAGCGUCGAGUGAACAAGGAAUAAAAAGUGGAUUUAUUGAAUUUACUCAUUAUAUACCUAUAGAAGGGUUGACCCCAGACUUUGUUUGUGAAUUGGAAAUUUAUUCUUUGAAGGCUUCCCAAGAAAAAGACGCGUCAGACCGCAGUGCUCGUAGCAAAAAAGGAACGUGGCGGCGUAUGGUUAUCAGCACGCCGCUUAAUGCAUAUUCCAACACUUUCAAUAACUAUUCCACUGGAAAUAGACCUAUUGGUGUAAUGGAUCCAGGAUUUCAACGUGUUGGACAUCUCUCAAUAACCAGACAAUUAAUUGGCCGCCAAAAAUUUUUAUUAAAUGACACAGUGUAUCCUUUGGAUGGAAGUUGUUUAUUAAGUAUGGAUUGCCAUACUGACGAGAAUUCUUCAAAAUUUGGUGGUUAUAGUUCUUUUCUUUCACUUUACCAAAUUGUUAGUGGUUUUGGUGCUUGGAAUCGUUUUUGGUGUGUUUUGGAUAAUGGACUUUUAAAUUUUUGGCGUUAUCCUGAAGAUGAAGGGACAAAAGUAAAAAAAUUUUUUUAUUUUAAAUAA